CGGAAGUGGCGUAAAUCGGAGACGCUGAGAUUUUGAAUCAAACCAAGCGCUGCAGCGCUUCUCAAGGUACCUGAAGAAAAAACUUAAGUGUAAAUGUUCCGUCCUCGUCGCGUUUAUGCACAUACGGUACUGACGUGUUGUUGUAUUAUAAGGAACAAAAAUAUCUGGAGAACUUUGCACCGACUUCCUUUCAGUGUUUCUUGUUAGCUUGCAUCCGCUGCAGUGAUUUUGUUGGAUGUCGAUUGACUGCAAGCUCCAAGAACGUCAAAAUAACAUCCUGUUAACUUAUGGGGAUGUCAUUUAAUGUUCCAUUAGUACCCGACAACUCUGAUUAAUAGUCAAUCAAAUUUUUGUUCGACUAAUCAGGACAUCAUGAACAAAAAUGAGGUAUCGUUGGAAAAGCUGAACUCUGAAUUGAACCAUUUUGUUCUGGAGAUGAAACCAUAUGUCCUCAAACACCCCAACAAUACUGAGCGCCAGCACUGUGCCUUGUGGAUAAAGAAGCUGUGCGAUCCAGCAACAUGCGGCUCAAGUCUCGCGGGUCACAAGAACCGCAAUCUGCAUGCCCGUUUGCUUCUUCACAUGCUCAAAAGAGGCGUCCUAGAAGGGCCGUUUGCCAGCAAACCACAACAUGGGAGCCUCAAGAACCUUCCUACUUACAUGUCCAUUUACUUUGAUGAGCCACUGAUUGGUGGGUCAGAGGACCACAGCAAAGUGACUCUGCCCGACUGGGUGAUGGGAGAGCUGGAUGACGAGGACAGUUUGGCUGCCGCCUUGCUUAAAGAUGGAACCACUUCCACCCCAAACACUGCUUUUACCAGAGCCCGCCAUCUGAAUAAGGAGAAGACCCCACGAGGAGCGAGAGCCUCCAGCUCACUCAAGCCUUCACCCACACAUGAAGCCAGAGCGGUGGAUGCGGGGCAGAUGUCUCCCGAUGACAGUGACCUGGAGGCUCGGCUCAACAGCUGGAACCUGGGGAUUGAGAAGCCGGGGUACUUGCGAAGAAAGACCUUGUCUCCGAUUUUCAAGUCCGGCCUUGUUAGGAGUCACACCUUGCCUGAUGACGUGGACCUGCAGCUGCAGAGCAAGGAGGUUGACAUGAGAGUGAAAGCGUUGGAGUGCAAGCAUCAGGAGGAGAAACUGAAAAUGCAGCAGCGACAUGACGCAGAUGUUGACAAAAUCCUGCACCAAAGGAAUGUGGAGAUUGACGAGCUGAAGAGUCGUUAUCGGGCCCAGCAGAAGGAAUCUGAGGAGAUGAUCCACAAACUGGAGUGGAAAGUUCAAAGUGUACUGAAGGAAUCCCAGGUCAUCUGCGAGAGCAAAGACAAGCAGAUUGCCGAGCUGAAGAAGAUGACGGAUCAGAGCGUCGACUGCUUGAAAAAUGAGUGGGAGAAGAAGCUGCUUGCGGCAGUGGCCGAUGUGGAGAAGGAGAAGUUUGAAUUGCAGAAGCAGCACACCGACAACAUCCAGGAACUGCUGGAGAGCACCAAGAUGAGGCUGGCUAAGAUGGAGGCCGAAUAUAACACUCGCUCGCAAUCCACCGUGCAAAUGGUGCGUGAGCUGGAACGGCAAGUGAAAGAGCAGUGUGCCCAAGUGGAGAAGAGCAAGGCGUCGCUUCAGAAGGCAAUGCAGGAGAAGGCCCAGCUGGAGAUCCACCUUGCGGCCGCCAGUGCCGAACUGCAGGAGGCCAACAGAAGAUUGACGCUCCUCCAGACAGAGAAGGACGAGCAGCGCAUUUUGUUUGAGGAGACCUUGCAGAAGUUCCAAGCCAAACACGAGGCCGACGUUAACCAUUUACAUCAGGAGCACGCGCUGUCUGUAGCUAAGGCCUCCGAGGUGGUGGAGGAUUUUGAGAAAACUAUUGCUCAGCUCAAACAGCAACUUCUGGUCAGUGAACAUCAGCGACAGACACAAGUUAGGGAUCAGGUUUUGAAGUUCCAGGAGGAAAAAGAAGGAUUACAGAUCAGCUACGACAAAAAGGUGCUGGCACUGCACAAUGAGGCGGAGAAAGAGAGGACACGGGCCGAGAAGCAGAUUACCAAACUCGAGGAUGCACUCAGAGACACGGAGAACCAGCUGGACCGAAGCCGGGAGAGCCACAGGGUGCACCUCCAAGAGGCCGACAUGGCGCUGGAGCAGUUGAGGAGGCAGGUGAAGCUCAGCUCCGAGAAGGCCGAGGCCCAACUCAAACUCCAGAUGGAGAAGGUGCAGGAGGACCUGCAACACUCCAGGUGCCUUCGUGAGAAUCAAUCCAAGGAGUUCUCGCAGCAACUCGACGCCCUCAGACAAAAAUACGAGCAGCAGAUGGCUGAGCAGCGCGUGCAGCACGAGCAGGAGAGGACGCGCCUGCACCAGCAGCAUUGCGCCGAAAAGGACAGCCUUGUCCAGGAGCGCCAGCGGGAGGUGAGCAGCCUGGAGAGCCAGGCCAAGGCCGCCCUGCAGACGCACCAGCAGCGCACCCAGGAGUGGAGGAAGCGUGAUGGCCAGACCAUUUCAGAGUUGGAGGGCCAGUUGUCGCGUCUGCGCGAGAAGUUCCAGGUGGUCCGCGGCCAGCACGAGCAGCAGCUGGCCGAGAUGGCCGCACUCCGCGAGGAGGAAAGGCAAAAGGCUAACCUGGACAAAGAGACGCUCCGCUCUGACAUGGAACGUGCCCUCCGUGAUCUUCAGAGAAGCCACCAGCAGGAGAAGGAAACGGCCGAGGACAAGACCAACAGCCGGUUGAAGCACAUCGAACAGGAGUACAGUCAGACACUUGCUCGGUCCGCACAGAUUAUUGUUGAGCUGCAACACUCUGUGUGCAGCUCUAAAGAGGAAGCUGUUGGUCUGCAGCAGACGAUGAAGAGGCAACAGGAGGAGGCCAACAAUCGAUGGACGCAAGAGAAGACAAAUAUAACCCAGCGGGCCAACCAGGCCAACGAGGCUCUGCGGGAGAAGGUGGAAAGUCUACAGAGGCAGCUGCGCAGCUCGGAGAAGGCGCUGCUCGGCAAAGAGCUGGAGAGCGAAGAGAAGGUCACCACACUGCGUCAGGAGUACGAGGAGAAGAUGAAAGGUCUGCUGCCCGCCGAGCUCAGACAGGAACUGGAGGACACCAUCACGUCACUCAAAGCUCAGGUAAAUUUCCUUCAGAGGAGGGCCAACUUCCUACAGGAAGGACUGGAUGCAUAUCGCAACAAGAGGUCACCUCAAGCGUGGGACAGCCGCUCAAGAGACACAGAGACCACCAAUCAGAUGUGAGCAUUGAUCGUACCGAGCGUUUCCACUACAUCUGCCAUAGCGCACACUUGGUUUUACGUCUUGUAAGAAGUGUCGGAAGUACUUGGCGCCUUUUGUUUUGAUGUGACACACUAAUUAGCCUCAAUAUUAGCGACACUGCUACAAUCAAAUGGGAACAAGUACAAGAGUCCGGACAUUUACAUAAACACGUGAAACCUUGACAUGGGCCAAAAUCAGAUCAUUGAUCAGUUUUGGUGAAGUUAAGAUAGAUCAUGUUUUGAAAUUGAGCUCACGUUAUUGAAAACGAGCGGUUUCGAUAGCCUUGACAUUAGCUUCCUAGUAUGCCUGCGAUGAAGCUAAUGUCAUCUCCGGGUAUGAAAAAUUAAUCCACUGCAAAUUUAAUAUUCAGUCAAUUCAACCUUUGCGGAUCAACAUGAUCUGGACAAAGGCAAUUAUGGUAUUAUUAUUAUUAUUAUUAUUAUUAUAUUUGCUUGUAUUACUGUAUACGGUGGAAGCCCACAUAUUUGUGCUUCAGCAUUCUUAUAUGGUUUUCAUACCUAUACCCCAUUUUUAAUGAAACUUGAAUAGUUUUUUUUUCUUUGGGGGGGGCCUUUCUAAGGCAUUUAUAAUAAGCAUCAAUUAUUUGCGAAAUACAGCAAUCGCCUCUCUGUAGGAUCCAGUGAAGUUCCCACUGUAAACUACAGCUAAAAAUAACCCUUUUUUAUAAAUAUGUUGUAAAGAAUGGUAAUUGAGAUUUUGUGCUUUUUUUUUUUUUACACUUUUUAACUUUUUAUUUAAAUACUUUUUAAAUGUAUUUUUUAAAAUUCAAUUUAUCAUCAUUUGUAUUUUUUUAAGCAUCUCUCAAUUUGGAUCCAACUACAUUUCGAGUACUUCUGUAUUAUUUUUAUUGUUAUGAAACAUAUUUUGUGGGAAUGUGUCAUUUAUGUAUCUCAUUUUUCUAAAUAAAAGACAUUGCUUCAUUUCCAUGUUUUUUUUUUUUAUUUUGUUUUUGUUUUUUGGUGGGGGGGUCAUUUUGUCUUUGAUUUUAUUUUCCUAAUAACUUCUUUACAUGGGAGUGUGGAGGUUUUGGAAGCGUCGUGCUCUUUUGCAUUGAACUUGCUGGUGCUGGUAUCUGGUGUAACUGGUAGCCAAGUUUUGCCUUCCAUACAUUCCGUCCAUACUUUCUGUCUUGUAAAAUGUAUUUUUCAAAGAA